CCGAGAGGAGAGAAGCUUCCUGUUUGCGUCUGGCCGGGGCAAGAGCGACUAUGGCAUCCACCAUAGGGGGUGCGGGAGCUGCAGUGCCGGCGCUAUCACCAGCAGCGGACCCCGUUUCCUGCACGCUCGGCCGGCGUGAAGCAAAGCGAGGGCCCAUCAAUAUCUUGGCCCAGCUUCGGCAUGCACAGCUCAGCGGCCGGGGCCUGACGCGGGGGUCACAGAUCACAGGAGCUUUGUUAAAAGAAAGAGACAAACAAGCAAAAUGGAAUGGAAUUCCUUUGCUCUUACAAAAGCUCUAUGAGACUAGCCAUGCUAAUAGUGAUUUUUCUCAAUGCCAGAGCAUCUUAAAGGUAAGUUUAUUGGAUCAUUUUCAAUCAAACAUCACUGUGUUAAAACUGUUCUUAAUCACAAGCCAAUGAUCAACAGUAUUAGUA